GUUUAUUUCUGCUCUGAAUCUCUGAUGCUCCGCUAGCUCUCAGGACGAGAUUAAUCCUCUCUAAGAAAAUAAGACACAUCUGUUAAGGUAAUGUCAAAACAAAUGGCGUGCAAGAGUGCGUACGACAUCCUUUAGGCUAUAUCGAAUUGUAGACAGUCAUGUUUUUUUUAAAAGAGAUUUGAUCGGUUUCAUUCAUUUGGUUCUCCAGACAAGUGUUUGCCAAGUUCACCAUCGGGGUUUAAAGCUUUCGGUUAAAUCAGUGUUCAUGCCGGAUUUUGAGCAUUUCAGAUUUUCUUACUCCAGAAUGAAUCCUGUAUUGGGGGAGAACGCGUAUUCCUACCAACAAAAUCAGAUGACGGGCUUAUCAGACUCCUCGCCAUCGGGAUAUUGGACGGAUGCGGCGUAUGGCGCAGCUGACCCGGGCCUUUUCUCUGCUGAGAACAUGGGUGGCAUCGGGCAGGAUGGGUUUGACCUGGGUGCUUUACCUUCAUCGGGAGCACCGUAUGCGCACCUGGGGAGUUAUCUGUACCGGAUGUCUCCACCUCCACCUGCCGCCACGGCCCUGCGUAACGACUUGGGGUCCAACAUAAGCGUCCUCAAGACCCUGAACUUGCGAUUCCGAUGCUUUUUAGCCAAAGUGCACGAACUAGAACGCAGGAAUAAAGUACUGGAGAAGCAACUGCAACUAGCUUUGGAUGACAGUAGCAACAGUGGGGAGUGCGCGCAAAACAACAAACCUUUAACCAGAGAUGUUGGGGUUCAAACUUCAAACGUUGUUGGAUUAAUGCCUGUAAAGCCAGACCUGAUCCCCAUUCACAACGCAAACGACACUGCAUAUCUGUCAGGAGGUUUGCUGUCCCCUGUCUUCAAUAACACCAUAAUUGAGUCCAAUAACAAAUCGAUAGAAAACUUGAAUCCCUCCAGUUUUACGGACUCCAAUUCCAAUCUUACCCCAAAUUUCCCCACCAGCCCGUCAUCACCCGUUGGUCCAUUACAGAAAAACAUCAGCAACAUUAACGGGAAAUAUGUCAGCACUGGAGUCAGCUGUGCCACCAACCCUCCACAAAGAUUUCACCCCGGGUCGAUCUGGUCUUAUAAUAACAUCCAGAGGUUCGGUACUGGGCGCGAGUCGCGCCUCACGGUUCCGGGUGUGUCAUCAUGGGUGCCUCCUCCAAACGGGGUGGGUGUACAGAUUGACACCAUCACCCCAGAGAUUCGGGCCUUGUACAAUGUGCUCGCCAAAGUCAAGAGAGAGAGAGACGAAUACAAGCGAAGGUGGGAAGAGGAAUUCACAAUGAGGAUGGAUCUACAGGAAAAAGUUGCUGAUCUUGAAGAGGACCUUCAGGAAAGCGAGGUGUGUCAGGACGAGCUUGCAUUGAGGGUUAAGCAGCUUAAAGCAGAUCUUGUACUUUUCAAAGGUUUAAUGAGCAAUAAUCACUCAGAUUUGGACAGUAAGAUUCAGGAGAAGGCCAUGAAAGUGGACAUGGACAUCUGUCGGAGGAUUGACAUCACUGCCCGCCUGUGUGACGUAGCCCAGCAGAGGAAUUGUGAAGACAUGAUUCAAAUCUUCCAGCAGGUGGCCACACCUCCCUCAACCUUGACUCGCCGUCCUCGGAAACCCACUCCUACAAUCAGGGGCAACGAGAGUGAUGAUCCAAUAAGCAUCUCAGAAAGUGAGGAGAGUGUGAAUAAGGAGGCGGAGCUGUGUUGCUCAUCCACCAAUCAAAUCAAUGAGGAAAUGCAGAGGAUGCUCAACCAACUGCGUGAGUCUGAGUUUGAAGAUGACUGUGACAGUCUUGCAUGGGAAGAGACUGAGGAAACACUGUUGCUCUGGGAAGAUUUUCCAGGAUACACUUUCAAUGUUGAGACUCAAGGAGAGCAAGAAGAAUCCAUAGAGAAGGUGAUCAUGGACACAGAGUCCCUUUUUAAGUCCCGCGAGAAGGAAUAUCAAGAAACCAUUGACCAAAUUGAGUUUGAGCUGGCAACGGCCAAGUCCGAUAUGAACAGGCAUUUGCACGAGUACAUGGAGAUGUGCAGCAUGAAAAGAGGCCUGGAUGUACAGAUGGAGACGUGCAGGCGAUUAAUCACUCAAAGUGGAGACCGAAAAUCUCCUAUUCCUGCUCCGGUUAUUGUGGAAGAGGGAGAGAAUGUCGAGAAGGGAAAAAAGAAAACUCCUGCUGCAGAUCCUGACAACAUUGAACCAUAAUGACAUGCAGCCAAACUGUCCUUCUGUCCUGGACCAAACAUGAAAAGUCUUAAGAGCUUCUUUUUGCCAUUCUGGUAUCACCACAGGGCGCUGGAGAAAUACGUCCGCAAAAAAUCUAAUGUUACCUUCUGAAAGGCAAGUCAUCUUGUUUGGUCUCACUAGCGCCCUCUAUUGGAAUACACAAAUAAUAUACUUUCAAAAAGAAUUUAUAAUUUGCAGUGAGCUGUAUAGCACUGUAUUACAUUCUGACCAAAACAUAAGAGCUGAGCACAUUUCUAACAUUCAGAUAAUGUCGUUUUAUUAACACUUUACUCUUUUGCAGACUUUAACUGCAAGGUUUUUAACCUUGGAUAUUAUAAAAAUAAAAGUAGCUGAAUAAGCACUUAGAAGUUUAUGCAUCAGUUACCAAUAAUGCCAUCUGUGAUAACUGAUGUUUAAAUAUUCAUAGUCAUCAUGUACCCGAGAACAAAAUUAUUUUGGGUUCAGCACUAUUUAACACUUUAGCGAGGAACGAACAGUAAGGUGUGCACGGGUCUGUUGUUUAUUUAUUUAUUUAUUUAGCUAUUUAAUCUGUGUUGUAUAUAAAAACCAAAUGACUUUGGAUUGUCUUUUAUUGUUAUAGUGUUUAAAGUUGUCUGCCUUUGUUUGUGUACCCUUAUAAUGCAUUCUGUUGCAUUAAUAAUGUGCAUUAACUCAAGUGAAUGUCAUUAGAAUCACUUUGUGAAGGCCGGGAUUGCAUUGCAUAAACGGUAGACAACGGUCAUUGGUAAUGUGCAUGUGGCUCCAAACAGUAAGGUCAGUGUAAAUAAACGGCCAAAACAUAUUGGUUGGUUAUGGUUAGGCAAAAAAAAAAAAAAUAUAUAUAUAUAUAUAUAUAUAUAUAU